GCCUCGGGGGCUGCUGCGCGCCCGCGCCUAGAGCUGCCGCCCCAGGGAGCCCGCCACGGCCGCGCCCCGGGCACGCUCGGCGGCGCCCAACGAUGACCGCUCCCUGGCGGCGCCUCGGGAGUCUGGUUUGGGAAUACUGGGCCGGGCUCCUCGUGUGCGCCUUCUGGAUCCCAGACUCGCGCGGGAUGCCCCACGUCAUCCGGAUCGGAGGAAUCUUUGAGUACGCAGACGGCCCCAACGCCCAGGUCAUGAAUGCCGAGGAGCAUGCCUUUCGAUUUUCUGCCAACAUCAUCAACAGGAACAGAACUCUGCUGCCCAACACAACCUUGACCUAUGACAUCCAGAGGAUCCACUUCCACGACAGCUUCGAGGCCACCAAGAAGGCCUGCGACCAGCUGGCGCUGGGGGUGGUGGCCAUCUUCGGGCCAUCCCAGGGCUCCUGCACCAAUGCCGUCCAAUCCAUCUGCAACGCGCUGGAGGUGCCCCACAUCCAGCUGCGCUGGAAGCACCACCCGCUGGACAACAAAGACACCUUCUACGUGAACCUGUACCCGGACUACGCGUCUCUCAGCCACGCCAUCCUCGACCUGGUGCAGUACCUCAAGUGGCGGUCGGCCACUGUGGUCUAUGAUGACAGCACCGGGCUCAUCCGACUGCAGGAGCUCAUCAUGGCCCCGUCGAGGUACAACAUCCGCCUCAAGAUCCGCCAGCUCCCCCUUGACUCUGACGACUCGCGCCCGCUGCUCAAGGAGAUGAAGCGAGGCCGGGAAUUCCGCAUUAUCUUCGACUGCAGCCACACCAUGGCUGCCCAGAUCCUCAAGCAGGCCAUGGCCAUGGGCAUGAUGACCGAGUACUACCACUUCAUCUUCACCACGCUGGAUCUUUACGCGUUAGACCUGGAGCCCUACCGCUACUCGGGCGUGAACCUGACGGGAUUCCGGAUCCUCAACGUGGACAACCCUCAUGUCUCGGCCAUCGUGGAGAAGUGGUCCAUGGAGCGGCUGCAGGCGGCUCCCCGGGCAGAGUCCGGCCUGUUGGACGGAGUGAUGAUGACGGACGCGGCCUUGCUGUACGAUGCCGUCCACAUCGUGUCUGUGUGCUACCAGCGGGCACCGCAGAUGACCGUGAACUCCCUGCAGUGCCACCGGCACAAGGCCUGGCGCUUCGGCGGCCGCUUCAUGAACUUCAUCAAGGAGGCUCAAUGGGAAGGAUUAACUGGACGGAUUGUUUUCAACAAAACCAGUGGCUUACGGACGGAUUUCGAUCUGGACAUCAUCAGCUUGAAGGAAGAUGGCUUGGAGAAGGUGGGAGUGUGGAGUCCCGCCGAGGGGCUCAAUAUCACGGAGGUCGCCAAAGGCCGAGGCCCUAAUGUCACCGACUCGCUGACCAACAGGUCUCUCAUCGUCACCACCGUGCUGGAGGAGCCCUUCGUCAUGUUCCGGAAGUCCGACAGGACCCUGUUUGGGAAUGACCGGUUUGAGGGCUACUGCAUCGACCUGCUCAAGGAACUGGCCCACAUCCUGGGCUUCUCCUACGAGAUCCGGUUGGUGGAGGACGGGAAAUAUGGGGCACAGGACGACAAGGGCCAGUGGAACGGCAUGAUCAAGGAGCUCAUUGACCACAAGGCAGACCUGGCCGUGGCCCCCCUGACCAUCACCCACGUCCGCGAGAAGGCCAUCGAUUUCUCCAAGCCCUUCAUGACCCUCGGCGUGAGCAUCCUCUAUCGCAAGCCCAAUGGCACCAACCCUAGUGUCUUCUCCUUCCUCAACCCCCUGUCCCCAGACAUCUGGAUGUAUGUGCUCCUCGCCUACCUGGGUGUCAGCUGUGUCCUCUUUGUCAUCGCCAGGUUCAGCCCUUACGAGUGGUACGACGCUCACCCCUGCAACCCCGGCUCCGAGGUGGUGGAAAAUAACUUCACUCUGCUGAACAGCUUCUGGUUCGGAAUGGGGUCCCUGAUGCAACAAGGGUCUGAACUGAUGCCCAAAGCCCUGUCCACACGCAUCAUUGGUGGCAUCUGGUGGUUCUUCACGCUGAUCAUCAUCUCCUCCUACACGGCCAACCUGGCUGCCUUUCUGACCGUGGAGCGCAUGGAGUCACCCAUAGACUCUGCGGAUGACCUGGCCAAGCAAACCAAAAUCGAGUAUGGGGCUGUCAAAGACGGCGCCACCAUGACCUUCUUCAAGAAAUCCAAGAUCUCCACCUUUGAGAAGAUGUGGGCCUUCAUGAGCAGCAAACCUUCGGCGCUGGUGAAAAACAACGAGGAGGGCAUCCAGCGGACGCUGACGGCCGACUACGCGCUGCUCAUGGAAUCAACCACCAUCGAGUACGUCACCCAGAGGAACUGCAACCUCACCCAGAUCGGGGGCCUCAUCGACUCCAAGGGCUAUGGCAUCGGCACGCCCAUGGGCUCCCCGUACCGGGACAAGAUCACCAUUGCCAUCCUGCAGCUCCAGGAGGAGGACAAGCUGCACAUCAUGAAGGAGAAGUGGUGGAGGGGCAGCGGGUGUCCUGAGGAGGAAAACAAAGAGGCCAGCGCCCUGGGCAUCCAGAAGAUCGGGGGCAUCUUCAUCGUCCUAGCCGCCGGGCUGGUCCUGUCUGUGCUGGUGGCUGUGGGCGAGUUUGUGUACAAGCUCCGCAAGACCGCAGAGCGAGAGCAGCGUUCGUUCUGCAGCACCGUGGCUGAUGAGAUCCGCUUCUCCCUUACCUGCCAGCGUCGGGUCAAGCACAAGCCGCAGCCUCCCAUGAUGGUUAAGACUGACGCCGUCAUCAACAUGCACACGUUCAACGACCGCCGGCUUCCGGGCAAAGACAGCAUGACCUGCAGCACAUCACUGGCCCCCGUGUUCCCCUAGGCACAAGUGAGCUGGGGACCGCCGGCCUGGGGGCAGGGCAGAGGAGAGCAAAGGACACUGGAAGGAACAUCCCCAAGCCCCACGCUGGACUUGGGGACCAGAGCUGCUGCCUGCCUGUUGGGCCAGGAGCCCUCUGCCCUUACCUACCAGGAAACCAGCAGGCCCCUAGGCCAGCUGCUUGGGCUUCACCCUCCUGUUGUUUCUUCUAUGGGUUUCUAAAGCUGCCAACCAAGACAGCCAAGGCCAAAGGAAGCACAUGCCUCUCUCAGGCCAAAUCCACCUGCCCCUCAACGCUCGUCUAUAGUCAGAAGUUUCUACCAUGGCCCUGCAGGGUCAAAAGGAAACAGGAAACAGCUCUCAUGUUGCCGCUCCUUCCCCACAAGGCCAGGCCUCCUGGAACUUGACUAUGAGACCAGAGACACAGACCUUGGGUACCGAAAAGGAUGCUAUCGUUUGGCUGCCAAUGGGAGCUGAAGCUGGAGGACAGCCACUCCACAUUCCUGGUCAGAAGGAAGAACUCGUCCCCCAGGGGCUGCUCACAUGGUCCUGAUCUCCUGGACUUGACACCACCCAUGGUGGAGCCCCUGUUUGGGCAAAGUUAAAGGCAGGAGCCCCACAGGGAAAAGGAGGAGUUUGGAGUCUGGGAGAGAGGAGGAUGCACAGAGAAUGCCAAUUUGAAUUCUUCUGGACAAUGUCCCAAAGGGUCCCGCUCCUCUAGAAGGUCUCUAGGAGUGGGAGAGUGGUCAGAGCAAGUUCUCUUCCCCAUUGUGACUGGAGGAGAAUGGACCCCCGGGAUCUCUCACAAAGGAUGCCCAGAGACACGGGCAGAGGAACAGUGGAUUCCAUGGAAAUCCCACAGGCCCUCAAGCCAUUGGAUUUUAUUUUGCUGGUCUCCAAGCUGUUUUCUAAGCCCCAGUGGCAUUAGGACGCUUGAGCUCUUUGCCAUCUAUUCUUCAGCAACUCCCCAUUCCUGGACAGUUGACCUUGACUGUCUUCUGUCAUCAUGAAAGGAGGAAAGUGGCCUAGAUUGAAGUGAACAUUGUCGCCCAUCCUCCAAGGAGGAUCAAGUCCACUGCACAGGCUCACUUUGGGGUAGCUGGAUUGGGGGGGCGCUUAAAGAACUCCAUGCCUCCUGGACUUGUCAAACCUAAAGAUGCCCCGCAGAGGAAAAAUGUCCAGGGGGCAGAAUAGCCUUCCUGGUAGAGGCCCCUGGAGUGGGGAGGGUGAAGCUGCCUCCUGGAGGAUUAACCAAAUACCCCACACAGAGAUACAAGGUCAUGAUAGCCCCUGGUCUCUUGUCCAGAGGAGCUAGGACCUUGUGGGGUUUGGGGGUUCAGCAGAGGAAGUGCAGCGAGGGGUGGACCAGGUGAUAUGUGGGUUCCAGCCAGCUGGGACAGAUACUCUAGGUCUGAGACUCUUAAGACUCUGGGAGGAGAAUGAGACGUGGAGGGAUUAGGAACAAAGUGUCCUUAAAGAGAGCACGAUGAGGCCAGCAAGGCUGCCCAUGGCCAAGGGCAGAGGGCAGGCUUUGCGCCAGGGAAAGGGGGCUGGAAAUCUGUACAGACACCAGGAGACACCAGCCACCCACCCCCGCCACUCUUCUGCUUCUGCCUGGGGACCCUGGUUAGGAAAAGAGCCACAUUUAGGUCUCAAGAACCUUCUCAGCUGGGGUGAAGGGUAAUCUCUAACUCUCCUCAGGAGUCCCAAAGCAGGAGAGCACAGUGGACGCAUGUGAAAACUCUCGUUUCUUCUCCAAACUGGGCCAAACCAGCUGGUUCCCAGGGCCACAGCGGUUCCGACAGGCUGUGAGCACUGGAGGUGGGAGAAGAGGGAUGGAAUGCCACGUGGCCAACAUGCAUCAUGAUAGGAAAAGCCA